AUGGAGGCUAUCACUAUGGAGGCUACUGAGCCUACCCAAUUCUUUACCGACGCACUUGCCGAUGUGCCUUAUGAUGAAGACCCCCACAAGGCUCUCUUGCGCCUUGACGAAUGGGAACUACCUGAGUCAAUUUUCCGCAAAGAUGGCUCCUGUCUGUCCAUCUGGGAACUUGCUCGUGCCAAUGGAUAUCGCUUCGAAGGAGACCCCGAUGAGGCUUCUGGCUCGACUUUUGACAAUGCCUUUGUUGAAUUGGGUGUAGACCCUGUCGUUGGCCCAGCGACUCUGGAUCACCUGGAGCUUGACCCUGAAUCGUCUACUCCCAUCGUGAUUGAUAAUGUCACUCCACCCAGCACUUGUCCCAACCAGCAGAGCACAAUCUAUCCGCUGGAUACCCUCAACUCUCUCGAAAACGCUGACUUGGGUCCUCCCAUGGUAGUCGUUCAACUUACUCCCACCACUGAUGCUACAGUCACCCCAAACGCCCCGGCCAUCAUUGGUACGGCCGUUAAAGUUGCUUCUGUCACGACUGCUCCUAUCACUGCUGCUCCUGUCACCAAAGUCGCCGCAGUCACCCGAGUCGCUGCGGUCAAUAAAGUUGCUACUGCUCCCACCGAACGUGCUUCGGUCAUCAUUGGCCCAGCUGUUCAAGUCACUCCCGCCACUGCUGCCCCGGUUACCCAAGCGACCCCUCCAAUCAACCACAUUACCCAGGCUGUUCCAGUCACCAAUGCUACUUCGGUUGCCCAGUGCGCUCCGAGCAUCGUUGGUUCAUCGGCCCUAGUUACUCCUGCCACCUCCGGUUCGGCAAUUGGAACGGUCAAGGUUUUUGACUUACCACAAGGAAAAUCGCGCCCUCAGCCUGAUAAGCGACCACCCAAGCAGAACACCAAGCGGGUCCCCAAGAACAAGCAAGAUGACGAGCUGCACAAAAACCAGAAGAAGGCAAAGGCGCAAAGCACUCGACGCAAAGCGAAGGGAAAGACAAAUGUCGCCCCAAACACACCACCUCAGAAGAUUGCGCCUGCCCCUGCCUCGAUGACCCCAGUGACUGGAGACACUCGCAAGGCAGUGCGCUUUUACAGCCAACAGCAGCAUCUGCAAAUCCAAGGGCUUCUUCGAAGCCAAGAGCAAACUCUUCGUACUGAAUGGAGCCAGCUUCAACAACAUUUAGAUCAUCUGAAACAACAGCAGCCUGGAAAUCAACAGCAGCUCCAGAUCCACCAACAGCAGUGCCAGCUCCAGCAGCAGCAGAUGAUGCUGUGCCGUCAAAAGAUCAUGCAGUACAAGCAGACAGUCCGUCAAUACCGGGAUCAGCAAAAGAAACAGCAUGCAAUGCAACAGCAACUUCAAACUGCAGCGGCCCAUCAAUUUCAGCAACCCACCCAGCAAAUGGAAGCCGUUUAUUCCACUCCUUCCAAUCAGCGUAUGCAGUCUGUGAUGCAACAGCCCCAGCAAUUCCAGGCAGCAGCAGCCCAGCACGUUCAGCAGCCCAUCCAACAAAUGGAAGCCGUUUAUCCCACUCCCCCCAAGGAGCGCAUGCAGUCUAUGAUGCAACAAACCCAGCAACUCCAAGCCAUGCAGGCAGUUUAUUCCACCCCUUCUCAGGGGCGCAUGCAGUCUAUGAUGCAACAAACCCAGCAAUUUCAAACCGCAGCGGCUCAGCAAGUUCAGCAACCCACCCAACAAAUGCAAGCCGAUUAUCCCACUCCUCCUAAGGAACGCAUGCAGUCCAUGAUGCAGCAAACUCAGCAACUUCAAGCCUCAGCGGCUCAGCGAGUUCAGCAGCCCACCCGACCAAUGCAGGGAGUCUAUUGCACCCCUACCAAGGAGCGUGCGCAGUCUGUUUCUUCCCUUUCUGCCGCUUCGCCCAGCAAGAGAAGCUUCCAGUUCAUGGAGAGCAUCGUACCUCCCAACUUUGUGGCCAACCCGAACAACCAUCCUCGAUGGAGUGUUAGCCCUAAUGGGGACCGAACCUACUUGGGCGGACCCCAGGCGAAGAAGGCACGAGUCUCUCGGAAGUAG